AUGACAGAAAAACAAGAAGUAACAUUCGAUUGCAACAUCUGUAACGAUGAUUUUGAUGAUGAAAUACCCGAUUUGGUCCCUCGAAUUCUGACUAAUUGUGGGCAUACGAUUUGUGAGAAAUGUGCAAACCGGCUGCUAAGUCAAUCGGAAAUAGUUUGUCCAUUUGACAGAAAAAUUACUGUUCUUGUCGGUUGUGAUGCUAGUGGUUUGGCAAAAAAUUUCUUUUUGGUAGGACAGAUUCAAGAACGCAAAAAAUGCGCUGAAUCUGAAUAUGUCCGAAAAUCUGAUGAUUCUGAGACAGACGAAGAAAAAUGCAUCGAGAAUCCAUGUUUUGAAAAUUCCAAUCAUGAAGCUGUAUUCUUUUGUGAACAAUGUGAUGAGGACUUUUGUGAAAGUUGCUUUAUUUCACUUCACCGCCCUAAAACGUUUGCCGCUCACAAAAAAACUCUGAUCACAGAGAAACCGUUGAAAUUGCCAUAA